GAAUCAUUUUUAGCUGUACUCCCUCGUGUUUACGUACGAUACAGUAUAUUAAACUCAUAUGUUGCAUCAAUGUAUAGGCAAUGUAUGUCGCUCAGUAAAUGUCUUAGCCUGUGCUUAUCUGUGUUUAUGCUGUCUGAUUAAAACCUAGCGUUAGCCUGCGUUGCUAGCUAAUAUUUUGUCCUGACAUAGCUAGCGCGCUAGCCAAUUCAUUGCGGAUAGUUUAAUAUAUUUGGCUAGUUCUUCUUUCAAGAGUUUAUUAAUAGUUUCACAAUACCGAUGUGAAAUACGGUCAGAAAUAUGUUUGUCAAAUUCUUGCAGUUGCUCUCUAAUAGAGUAAUUAAGAUGGUUUAGCCCAAGCUAGCAGUGUGUCGAUUCAGUUUGUUCUAUGACAUGCCUUCUGGGCCUAGCUAGCUGUUUGAGCUAACGUUACAUUGAAUACAUUGGUAUGUUUUUUUGAGACUUGGGAUAAGUUGCCAGCGCCAUAAAUGGAGAGGUUUCUAAGAACAUUGCGCUGUUAACACAUGAUAACUUGUUAGUUAUUUUUAAAAGACUUUAGUAGAUGGUGAUCUAAAUGUGUCCAACUAGGUGACAGCAUGUUUGUGUAAUGUUACUUGCAAGCCAUGUUCUCUAGUAAACAAUGAGUUUCUGUGCGACUAGGAGACUUGUUCAGUCCAGUUGGCAAGGCAGAAAUGCACGUCUUGUAAGAACAUGACCGCAACACGAGUUAAAACUAAUCAUAAACACAUUACAGCUGGUGUGGUUUCCAUAGGCCUACUGAAAAUCCCUAUGCAAGCAAAAAAGAGGUGGAUGAGCAGUGUGAAUGUGUGGCCUGCCUUAGCGUGAUGGAGCAGUGUGCCUGCGUUGAGCGGGAGCUGGAGAAGGUUCUCCACCGCUUCAUGACGUACAGCCACCAGUCCGAGGAGCGUCUGGACGAGUUGCUGAGGAACGUCUGCGAGCUGCGCAGUCAGCUGGUCGCCUUUGGUGUGCAAGAUGCAGACUUGUCCGUCUUUUCUCAAACAAUGACCCAAUGCUGCAAGGAAAUCAAAGAGACAGUGCAGAUGCUGGCGUCUAAACACAAGGACAUACAUGGCAGUGUGUCCAAAGUGGGCAAGGCUAUUGAUAGGAAUUUUGAUGCAGAGGUGAGUGCGGUAGUUGCUGAAACCGUGUGGGAUACGCCAGAGAGACAGAAGUACCUCAGUGAAACCAUUGUAGAACACCUCUAUCGACAAGGAAUGCUCAACGUCGCUGAAGAUUUAUGCCAGGAGUCUGGUGUGGUUAUCGAUAUGAGUAUGAAGCAACCCUUUCUUGAACUGAAUCGAAUCCUGGAGGCUUUGCGGACGCAGGAUCUCCGGCCCGCUCUAGAGUGGGCCGUGACGAACAGGCAGCGGCUGCUGGACCUUAACAGCACCCUGGAGUUCAAGCUGCACCGCCUGUACUUCAUCAGCCUGCUGAACGGCGGCAUUGGCAACCAGAUGGAGGCUCUGCAGUACGCCCGCCACUUCCAGCCCUUUGCCGCACAGCACCAGAGGGGUGAGUCAGCCCGAGGCCACUGCCCAUUGGCUGCACAAGUGUUCCGUCCAAAUGAUAUCCAGAUCCUGAUGGGCAGUCUGGUCUACCUUCGGCACGGCAUUGAGAACUCGCCCUACCGGACUUUGCUGGAGACCAACCAGUGGGCCGAGAUCUGCAACAUCUUCACCAGGGACGCCUGCGCCCUCCUAGGCCUCUCCGUGGAGUCUCCCCUCAGUGUCAGUUUUGCCUCUGGCUGCAUGGCCCUGCCUGUCCUGAUGAACAUCAAGCAGGUCAUCGAGCAGCGGCAGUGCAGUGGGGUGUGGACUCACAAGGACGAACUUCCGAUUGAAAUUGACCUCGGUAAGAAGUGUUGGUACCAUUCAGUGUUCGCCUGCCCCAUCCUGAGGCAGCAGACCUCCGAGAGCAACCCGCCCAUGAAGCUCAUCUGUGGGCAUGUGAUCUCCAGAGACGCCCUCAACAAGCUCACCAACGCUGGAAAGUUGAAGUGUCCCUAUUGCCCUAUGGAGCAGAACCCGUCAGAUGCCAAACAAAUCUAUUUUUGACGUCCCUACGGAGGGCAAGCGAAGCAAACAGCGAAGACCGGGGGAUUGACCAGACGCGUGAGCUGCGCUCCCAGACUCGACGACUGUGCCGCCCCUCCACCCACACCAGCUUUUUUUCUUUCAAUCCCUCCCUCCCUUCCUCCCUCCUUCCUGUCCGAUGGAAGACCUUCUGUGCGACGGAGGGUCCUCCCACGUCCUUUUUGGAGCAGUCAGGCCACGGCAGGAUGGUGCAAAGUCCUCAUCAAUUUUACCAGUAGAGCAGAGUGUGUGUGUGUAAGUGUCUCUGGUCCAGAAUUGUUUUAAUGACAGUUAGAAAAUGGAUCACUCGUACAUACAUACAUAAGAUCAUUCAUUCACUCACUCAUUUGUACACCCUCAAUAUUUGUCUGGUCUACUUUCGUGUGUGUGUGUGUGUGUGUGUGUGUGUGUGUGUGUGUGUGUGUGUGUGUGUGUGUGUUUCUUCUCUAACAUGGAUGGGGGGGUGUUUUUUUUUUUUUUCUUCUCCUUCCUCUUUCAGGAUUUUUAAGUUUUUCUUAGUCUGCAAGACUUUGAUUUUUAUUUCCCCUAUCUGUGUUCUUUGUCUGCUCACUUUUGAGGGGGAAUGCGUGCAACUAUUCUGAAUGCGUGCAACUAUUCCGAAUGCGUGCAACUAUUCUUCGGGUGAAAACACGACACGUUUAUGCUUGACCGUUGUUUAUUUACAGAUGAUAUUUAAACAUCAUUAUAAAUAUAUAAUAUAAAUACAUAAAAAGCAUAGACAUAUUUAGAGGCACGUAUUAAAUGCGGCUUGGGCUUUCUCAGUGAUCUGUGCACACACACACAAAGCAUAUUGAAUAAGGUGAAGGUUAACUCUGUGAAUCUUGUCAGUAAAACCUAAGGUGAUGUUUAAAGACUGUAGAUUUUCUUUUUUCCCUAAAUAUGGAUUACUGAUUGUAAACUUCAGAGUGUCUCUCCCGGUAGGUUACUGGGAUGGUGGACAAGUGUGCGAGUGAGUGAAUGGGGGAUUUAUAAAAGUGCAUAUAUUCAUGUAUCGGUGUGAAGACUUACUGAUUAGUACAGGUGACAGGGCAGGGAAUUGGCAGAUCUUGUGCUUUCUAGGGUUUCUGUUUUUUUUCCCGCCUACUUCCAAGAUCCAAGCCAUUUUUCUUUGCUCUGUGUAUGUAUUUAACAUAUAUUUUCUUGAAAGGAAAAAAAACAACAACAUAAUCUACUGUGAAUUGUGCUGAGAGACUAAUUUUUCUUUUCCAUUCAUGGGUAGUCACAUCUUUGUAAUAUAUUCAAAGCGUGAAAUAAAUAAUUGGUCAUGCUAUGAGAUGACCUCACUGACUGACUGACCUGCAGUCGGACUCCUUGUUUUUCGUGUCCAUUUUCGGUCACCCCCCACCCUAACCUUUUCCUCCACCCAACUGGAGGAGAACCACAUCUGUCUGUCACAAUGAACAAGGUCAAUGGACUUGUCACUCUUAUAUGAGUGACCUUCACUUUAACUUGCACGCCCUCCAGAUCUGAUCAUGAUGAUGAAUGUUAGGACGUAAUGUAAACGAAACAAGUCAAAUUGGUGUCUGUGACCUGUUAGCCGUCGUAACGUUCAGUGAAGUGUCACUGGAGUGUUGUGCUUGGCUCCUCGUCAGUGCGCUCGCAUCCAGAUACGGUUUGGUUGUGAGUUUGGUGAAUUUUUAAUUGAUCAGCCAUUUCCAUCUCUUAUUACAUCACCCCCAUUACCAUUGUCCGCAUUGAACUCUGGAGUAGAUUAUUUUUCCCUUUUUUUUUUUUUUUUUUUGCUGCUUAGUUGUUCAACAGCAGUCAAUGUUUUGUAGGAGCUCAUUGAUUAAUUUAGUUUUGUACUGAAGAUGUUUGAUGCCUGAGGGGAGGGGCAUUGUUGUGGAAAGACCCUGUUGUCCUCUGGGUGAUUCGCUGUUUAUGCUUCUUGGCUUUUUACCAGUGUGCCGACAAACAAACGAACAAAUCUCUUCCCUUUAAAUUUGAACGCUUUUGCUGCAAGGCAGAUGUAGUUUGCUUGCUUUUUUAAAUUUAGAUGUAUGGAUGAUUUUGGAGGAAAAACGACAGUAACCAACACCAUUUGAUAAUAACAAUUUCUGCCAAAAACAAACUUGAAUCGUCAUGAUAGGAGAUUGAGAUAUGAGCCUGAGCGUAAAGUGCUGGCUGAAGAACUUCACUUGAAUGUCUGAUCAGCAGUCAUGGUGGACCAGGAAAAGGGAGAGUGUGGGAGGCUUUGAAAGGGUGUUUUGAGGUAAAUCCAUCAUCACCCUGACCUAGAUAUGGGCUUUUAAGGCAGCUCAGGCAAGAACGAUGUCAAAAGAGGCACUGGACACCUGCUUUUUCAGCAGCUAAACAAUGUGGGACUGGCCUUGAGUGGCAUCAGUGAAUAUGUGUGUGUGUGUGCGUGAGAUUUUGUUUGAGGGGUAUGCUUUGAUUGUAGGGAGGACAUGGGAAUGCAUGGGGUCUUGUGUGCGCUUGAUUCAUUUUUAUUUUAUUUUUUCUGAAUUGUUUCAUUACUUUGGUAGACAAUCACCCAUUGCCUCCCUAAGUAUGAACCGGAUUGAAUAGAUCGCAUCCAGAGCCCCAGCCUGUCUUUUCUUGACUUCUCACGAUUGACAUUUAGAAAAUUGUAUGAUAAUAAAUGUGCAUUUUUUUUCUGCUAACAGUUGUUAUGCAACUUCUAUUGUAAAUAUUUAUCCUCUAAUAGUACAGUAUGUUUCAUAUUAUACUUGCAUCUUAAAAUAAAAAAAUAAAAAACUUUAUACACUA